AUGAGUUCAAUCAACUCAAAUAAUGUUCGGCCAUCGUUGCCAUUGCGGCAAAUUGACUUAGACCAGAUAUGGGGUGACCUGCGGGAGGGAAUCGAGCAAGUCUACAAGAGACAGCAUAUGGUGAAACAAAGAUAUAUCUACUUGUAUACGCACGUGUAUAACUACUGCACUUCUGUGCACCAGCAGAGCAACAGCGUCGCCCCCGGCAGGGGCGCCAACAACAGCUACGGACGUAACAACUUCACCGGCAAGAAGCAGACCGGGCAUACGCAAGGCGGCGCGCAAUUCGUCGGCCUGGAGCUGUACAAGAGACUGCGCGAAUUCCUUAGACUCUACCUUAUCAAUUUGUUGAAGAAUGGAUCCGAUCUCAUGGGUGAGGAUGUGCUGGCUUUCUACACCAAGCAGUGGGAGGAGUACCAGUUCUCCUCGCGGGUCCUCAACGGAGUCUGUGCCUAUCUCAACAGGCAUUGGGUGAAGCGCGAAUGUGAGGAGGGUCGAAAGGGCAUCUAUGAGAUCUACCAGCUAGCAUUGGUGACGUGGCGCGACAACCUCUUCAAGUGCCUCAACAAGCAGGUCACCAAUGCUGUCCUAAAGCUAAUCGAGAGGGAGCGAAACGGAGAAACAAUAAACACGCGACUUGUAUCCGGAGUAAUCAAUUGCUAUGUAGCCCUAGGCUUAAAUGAGGAGGAUCCUAGCGCUCGCGGCCAGAACCUAGUUGUGUACAAGGACACCUUUGAGGCUGUGUUCUUGGAGGACACCGAACGUUUCUACACGAGGGAGAGCACCGAUUUCCUGAGAAACAGCCCCGUAACUGAGUAUAUGAUUAAGGCCGAACAGCGAUUGCAAGAGGAGCAACGGCGCGUACAAGUGUACCUGCAUGAGACAACAGCAGAGAGAUUGGCCAAGACCUGCGAUCGGGUGCUCAUAGAGAAGCAUCUAGAGAUUUUCCACGCCGAGUUUCAGAAACUCCUUGACGCCGAUAAGAACGCCGACCUAGGCCGCAUGUACAGCCUGGUGGCUCGCAUACCGGACGGCCUAUGCGAGCUGCGUCGCCUACUGGAACAACACAUCCACGUGCAGGGUCUGCAGGCGAUCGACAAGUGCGGCGAGAGUGCCCACACGGACCCGAAAGUAUAUGUAUCGACAAUUCUUGAAGUGCACAAGAAGUAUAACGCGCUAGUCCUCGUAGCUUUCAACAACGAUUCGGGCUUUGUGGCAGCUCUCGACAAGGCCUGCGGCAGAUUCAUCAAUAGCAAUUCUGUGACAAAGGCUGCGAACUCUUCUUCAAAGAGUCCGGAAUUGCUCGCGAAGUACUGCGAUUUGUUACUCAAGAAAUCGAGCAAGAAUCCAGAAGAUGCAGAAUUGGAGGACACACUCAACCAAGUGAUGGUGGUAUUCAAGUAUAUUGAGGACAAAGAUGUGUUCCAGAAGUUCUACAGCAAAAUGUUGGCUAAGAGGCUUGUGCAGCAUAUGUCUGCUAGUGACGACGCAGAGGCAUCAAUGAUCUCAAAAUUGAAACAGGCUUGUGGCUUUGAAUACACCAGCAAGUUACAAAGGAUGUUCCAAGACAUUGGUGUAUCAAAGGACUUAAAUGAGAACUUCCGCAAGCACAUGGCCAACACCUCAGAGCAACCGCUGCAUAUUGACUUCAGCAUACAAGUUCUGUCCUCUGGCUCGUGGCCAUUCCAGCAGUCAUCAUCCUUCCAGUUGCCAACCGAGUUGGAGCGUUCAGUACACCGAUUUACGACCUUCUAUUCUUCUCAACACUCGGGCCGAAAGCUCAACUGGCUCUAUAACAUGAGCAAGGGUGAGCUUGUCACCAACUGCUUCAAGAACAGAUACACCCUGCAAGCGAGCACCUUCCAGAUGGCCGUGCUCUUGCAGUACAACGAGAACACCUCGUGGACGGUGCGCCAAUUGGAGCAGCACACCGGAAUCAAGGGAGAUUUCCUUGUACAGGUUCUGCAAAUCCUUUUGAAGGCGAAACUAUUGGUGUGCCAGGACGACGAAUCUGAACUGACGGAGUCUUCUGUUGUUGAUCUUUACCUAGGCUAUAAGAACAAAAAGCUACGAGUAAAUAUCAAUAUACCGCUUAAGACGGAGUUAAAGGUGGAGCAAGAGGCAACACAUAAACACAUUGAGGAGGACAGGAAGAUGCUUAUUCAGGCGGCCAUCGUGAGGAUAAUGAAGACGCGCAAGACCCUGAAACACCAGCAUCUGGUUGUGGAGGUCCUUAACCAGCUUUCCUCACGCUUUAAGCCACGCGUGCCUGUUAUUAAGAAAUGCAUUGACAUUCUCAUUGAGAAGGAGUAUCUAGAACGCACCGAAGGCGAAAAGGACACCUACAGCUAUUUGGCG